GGGAGGGCGAGCACGCGCAAAAUUUCGGAGAAAUCAAGAGUAAGGGAAAAGUUCUAGCGGGGGUGUGGCGGCAAAGCGAGAAGUCAAAAAGAGGGGAGAAACCCCAUUGCAGAGAGAGAAUGGGAAGCUCGAACACUGGUGGGAAAGAGGAGAGCGCAGAGGGCAGCGGGGAAGAACCUCCCCUUUCAGAGGCGCGUGUCUUCUCCGAAGGUGAAAAGGUCCUCGCUUAUCACGGCCCCCUCAUCUACGAGGCCAAGGUUCAAAGAGCUGAGGUUCGGAAGAAAGAAUGGAAAUACUUCGUUCACUAUCUUGGGUGGAACAAAAACUGGGAUGAAUGGGUCACAGCGGAUCGUUUAUUGAAGAUCAAUGAAGAGAAUGUCCAAAGGCAGCAGGAGUUGUUGAAAAAUAAGAGUACAGAUAAGAAUAUUAAGUUAGGGCGUGCGGCACAAUCUAAACCAAAAAGCUCUACUGAUGCUAAAGUGGAAAAAGAGGACACGAAAACUAAUGUACUACGAGGCAAGAAGCGGAAGAGUGAUUCUGGUGCUGAGGAGAAAGAUGCAGAUUCCCCAGAAAAACAUGUGAAGAUUCAAUUUCCUGCCUCUUUGAAGAAGCAAUUAGUUGAUGACUGGGAGUUUGUUACUCAGCUCGGUAAGCUUGUUAAACUUCCGCGCUCUCCAUCGGUUGAUGAUAUUUUGAAGAGAUAUCUUGACUACCGGUCAAAGAAGGAUGGCAUGAUUGCAGAGUCAGUCGGAGAGAUAUUAAGUGGCUUACGCUGCUAUUUUGAUAAAGCAUUACGACCAAUGCUCUUAUACAAACAAGAGCGCCAACAAUAUCAUGAUUUGGUUCCAGAGAAUAGUAACAUCUCCCCUUCUACCAUCUAUGGUGCUGAGCAUCUUCUUCGCCUCUUUGUGAAGCUUCCUGAAUUAUUGGCCUAUGUCAACUUGGAAGAGGAGGCAGCCACACAAUUGCAGCAGAAACUACAUGAUUUUCUCAAGUUCACGCAAAAGAAUCAGAGUGCAUUCUUCCUAUCCAACUAUGAUGGCCGCCGAGUUUCACAAGAAGAAAGCAAGGAACGAGAUUCCCUUUAAUGACAUAAGGAUCCAUCCAACUUAUCGCAUCUUUAUCUCCCGUGCAUUUGUGCAUUUUAUCCACAGAAUACAAACGUUUUGGGUACCCAACCUUCUCAUUGCAUACGAGGGCUUAACAAACUGUUCUCCAAGCAAAAGUCAAAAGGCAUCCCUUGUUUCUCAUAUUGAACUUAUGGCAUUACAUCUUUGUAUCCUUUCUGUCGCUUGUCCAAGGCAUCCCAUGAAUUAUAUCACACAAGCUUUUAUAGAAGCUGAAGCUGUCAAGAUUCCUCAGGAACCCACAUGAAUGGGACGUUCAUAAGUUGAUUAGCUCUGUUAAUGAUAUAUGGAGUACUUUUCGAAGUCGGACAGUUUGUCGAAACAAAUAUAGGUCACCAAAUUGAAUCAGAGAUGGAAUUCCUCUACCC